AUAGGGCGUGAGGAAGAUGAGUAGUGGUGAAGCUCCUCCCACCAUCACCAUGGCUCUGAUCAACCCCCAGUCCGCCUCCGUCUCCUCGGACACCAAACAGUCCUCCACUCAGCAGCUCUCCAUCAGUGUGUGUGCUGCUCUGUACUCCUACAAGCCCUGUCGCUCUGAGGAACUGGAGCUGAGGAAAGGGGAGAUGGUGGGGGUGUAUGGGAAGUUUAAGGAGGGCUGGCUCAGAGGCCUCUCUCUACGGACGGGCAAAGUGGGCAUUCUGCCCGGCAACUACGUCACACCUGUCCUCAGGACCUCUGCCAGGCUGUUGGAGUCCAAGGCAGUGACGGCAGGCCCCGGUACAGUCCCUGGAAGAAGAACCUCCUCGUCCUCCAAGAAUCCAGCGGUGGUUCUAGCUCUCCACAGGGUCAACUCCGAUGAAACGACCUACUCUACUGGACAACGGGUUCCGCAGCAGUCCGCCUCCGUGGCCACGCAGCCUGUGACGUCAUCAGGCGGCGCCACCAGAAAGUCCCGGCACGGGGUGGGCUCGGAGGGAUGGGACACAGUGAGGAGAGUCUUCCAUCGUUCACACAGAGGCUCAUCUCAGCGGGGAAACCACUACCCCCACACCACCAUCUCUUCCAGCUCAGCCCUUCAGACCCAGACCCAGACCCACAGUCAGAGCUCAUCCCAGCGCUGUAACCACUACACCCACACUACCAGCGCCACAUCAGGCCUUCAGCCCCAUUCUCAGUCCCAUUCUCACAGCCAGAACUUUAGCCACAUCCAGGCCCCUGGCUACUCCCCUGCUCUGCUCAGGAAGAAACAACACAUGAGCAUGCUGCCCAAUCACAACAGAUCUCUGGCCUGGAUGUCUGAGGGACCCUCGCCCUCUAGUGGUGGUUUUAUGAAGGACAGGGACACUGCUGCCAGAGAGACGUUUGAUAGGCAGGUGUUGGAGACGAGGCAAGCAGCAUCGAAUGGUCAGCAGUCCAUCAACUCCAUCCUAGUGAGACCAGACGCCCUCAAGAACAACACAGAGAAGCCCACCAAGUCAGUGCGGUUCCUGACCCAGCCUGAUUCCCCUCCACCACGGCCCAGGACCACCUCCCUGCCCUCGGGUAGCCAGCCRCCCMCCAGUYCRCYSCCWMGUCCKCCUCCCCUGGAGGUCUGGGCUCCAUCACUCACACUGGGGCGAGACGGGCCUGGGAUCAUACUGAAAGAAGGCAAGGCUCCUGUUCUUAGGAAAGGUCUGGAGACAAACCCCUCAGAUGUUCUGACUUCCAAUCAGAAACCUACGUCAUCAGCACCAUCAGCGUCCAUCCUGUCCAGCAGCCCUAGCAGACACAGAGUAGUGACGUCCUACCAGGCCCAGACAGAGUCAGAYAUGAGCCUGAUGCAGGGUGAGCCUGUCCUGCUUCAUAGACAUCGGCCCGACGGACGGGUUCUGCUCACCCAGGAGAGCAGUGGCCACACGGGCCUCUUCCAUAGCGGUGUUCUACAGUUCCUAGACCGGUUCAGUUGACUGCCUGUAGUGUUUAGUUGUUAUUAUUAUACGUGUGUUUUUCACAUAUAAAUAGAAUGACUAGCAUGGGAAAGCUCCCUGGACCGUGACAAUUUGAUAGUACACUCAAUAUGGCCGCUGGCCCACCCGGGUACAAUCAAUUUGGCCGCCAGCACAGCCCAUCAUGUAAUGUUGACUUGAAAACCAAUGUCCAUUCUAGCUAUUCUAUUUCUAUGGAUGUGUUGACACUGCCAAAUGAGAUGAUCAAACUGUGGAAGUGUGUGUGUGUGUGUGUUUUAUCUGUGUGUUGAAAAUAAUAUAUUAUACUGCCAUAUAAUGACUAUAUAUAAAGUAUGUGGACACCCCUUCAAAUUUUGUGGAUUUGGCUGUUUCAGCCACACCUAUUGGUGACAGGUGUAUAAA